AUGGCCAUCCUCUCUGCCCUUCUGGGCUUCUUAUAUCUGUCAGUUUGCACGUCAAGCACCCCUCUCGAAUCUGAGGGAGGCCGUUCUCUGAAGCUCAAUAUCGCCGAUAAUGGUGGUCUUGGCUAUAGAAUGCCAUUCGACUUUCCAGAUCCCUCAGUGAUCCGGGGACGAGAUGGUAGGUGGUAUGCCUUCGCAACCGAAGGCAACGGCAAGUCUGUCCAGGUGGCAUACGCGGAUGACUGUUUUGGACAAUGGAAUCUGCUGGACUACAACCCUCUCCAGGGCAGCUCAUGGACAAGCGGCCGCAACACCUGGGCCCCAGAUGUCCGGGAACUGGGUGAUGGCAGCUACAUCAUGUACUUCACCGGGGAGGUGCCAAACAGCCACCGCCACUGCAUUGGCAUUGCCCGCUCCUGGAACAUCGUGGGCCCUUACCGGCCUGACCCAAACCCCUGGAUAUGCCCUUAUGACCAAGGAGGAGCCAUUGAUGCGUCUGGCUUCGUCGAUCCCGGCACCGGAGAUCGAUACGUCGUCUACAAGGUCGACGGCAACUCCCAAGGAGCCCCUACGCCCUGCGGGACUGGUGUCGACGACCCAAACAUGCGCACACCCAUCAUGCUCCAGAGGGUUGGGGCAGACGGCUCAACCAAGCUGGGCGGUCCCAUUGAGAUCCUGAACCGCGUCCCUCAUUUGGACGGCGCCCUGGUUGAGGCACCAAACUUGUCGCGGCGCCGAGAUGGCACCUACGUGCUCUUCUACAGCAGCCACUGCUUCCAGGACCCCAGAUACGACGUCAAGUACGCCUACAGCAACAGGAUCGAGGGCCCCUACGUCCGCGCGGGGGGUCCUCUGCUGAGAGCUCCGUACUACGGCCUUCGUGCCCCCGGCGGAGCGACGAGCAGCGUCGAUGAGCAUGGCCACGAGUUCUUGGUCUUCCAUGGCGACUGCGGGGAUUCUCGGCGGUGUCUGUACUCGGCACAGUAUUAUUAG